GGACGGAAUGGCGGCGUCCCCGGAGCACGAUUCUCCGACGGAAGCCCCCACGCCGGCGGUAGAGGAGGAGGACGCUAAAACAUUUAAAGAUCUGGGUGUGACAGAUGUGUUGUGCGAAGCCUGUGACCAGCUGGGAUGGCAGAAGCCCACGAAGAUCCAGGUGGAAGCUAUUCCUUUGGCUUUACAAGGUCGGGAUAUCAUUGGGCUGGCAGAAACGGGCUCUGGGAAAACGGGGGCCUUUGCUCUGCCCAUUCUGAAUGCUCUACUGGAGACGCCCCAGCGUCUGUUUGCCCUGGUUCUCACCCCGACGCGGGAGUUGGCCUUUCAGAUCUCAGAGCAGUUUGAGGCUCUGGGCUCCUCCAUUGGGGUACAAACCGCCGUGAUUGUAGGUGGAAUUGAUUCAAUGUCCCAAUCUCUGGCCCUGGCGAAGAAACCGCAUGUGGUGAUAGCAACACCUGGUCGACUGAUUGACCACUUGGAAAAUACAAAAGGUUUCAACUUAAGAGCUCUGAAAUACUUGGUCAUGGAUGAAGCCGACAGAAUAUUGAAUAUGGAUUUUGAGACAGAGGUUGAUAAGAUCCUCAAAGUGAUCCCCCGAGACCGGAAAACGUUCCUCUUCUCUGCAACCAUGACCAAGAAGGUGCAAAAACUUCAGCGAGCAGCUUUGAAGAAUCCCGUGAAAUGUGCCGUUUCCUCUAAAUACCAGACUGUUGAGAAAUUACAGCAAUAUUACCUUUUUAUUCCCUCCAAGUUCAAGGAUACCUACCUGGUGUAUAUCCUAAACGAGUUGGCUGGGAACUCCUUCAUGAUAUUCUGCAGCACCUGCAACAAUACCCAGAGAACCGCUCUGCUCCUCCGGAAUCUUGGUUUCACUGCCAUCCCUCUCCACGGACAGAUGAGCCAGACCAAGCGCCUAGGAUCCCUGAACAAAUUCAAGGCGAAAGCUCGGUCCAUUCUUCUAGCCACUGAUGUCGCCAGCCGAGGCUUAGAUAUUCCUCAUGUGGAUGUUGUAGUCAACUUUGACAUUCCCACCCAUUCCAAGGAUUACAUCCAUCGCGUGGGAAGAACGGCCCGGGCAGGGCGGUCGGGAAAGUCCAUUACUUUUGUCACACAGUAUGAUGUAGAACUCUUCCAGCGCAUAGAACACUUAAUUGGGAAGAAGCUGCCUGUCUUUCCCACACAGGAUGAAGAGGUUAUGAUGCUGACAGAACGUGUGACGGAAGCCCAAAGAUUUGCCCGAAUGGAGCUCCGGGAGCACGGAGAAAAGAAGAAACGCUCACGAGAGGAUGCUGGGGACAACGACGACACGGAGGGCGCCAUUGGAGUCAGGAACAAAGUGGCUGGAGGGAAAAUGAAGAAACGGAGAGGCCGUUAGCCACUGUGGGGCGACUCAGGGCUGCGGUGUGCUCUAGACGGGCACUGAAGAAAGGACCGGGCGCUCCAGCAGCCUCUCCCCUGCUCAGCGAACCCGCUGCUCGCCCCGCUAUCGGCGGGAGUCAGGUGACUGCAGAGGCCUGCCGUGCCGAGGUCUGACUGUGGGUGUUCUUCACCCUCGGCUCUCGGCUCCUGAGAUGUGCCCCUCUUACCACUUCCUACCCGUUACCAUUUUCUUCCGCAAGCCAAGGACUGCUGAUGCAGCAGAUGAGCUGUAGUUAAAAAGAGGAGGGUCCGCUGUAUCUAUUCUGAAUAUGCCUUGGCUUUAGCUAUAAAAUGGUGAUAUUUAAGUCUUCUCAGCUUGUGCUCUGUUAGCGCUGAUGUGAAAGAAUAAAGUUACAUAUUUUUAAAAAGACUCGAA